AUGAAUAAUGGCGCUCCACUGGAGGGCGAUAUUCUGGAUCAUAUACCAUACGUGGAUACGUCAAGAGAAGUGCUAAAUGGGGCGGACCCUUUUGAGGAACAUGGUACGAACCCGCUAACUGAAAUUGAUAAAAAAGACAAAAGUAAACCUAGAAUGGUAUGUUCCCAUCUCCCUUACAGAUUAAUGCCAAACGAUGUAAAACAAGGAAAAAUUAAAGUUAUACUGCAGUUACGUAAUAUAAAGGACGCUACUAAUAGUAAUUACUUCCUCUGGAAAGACUCUGAUAUGUUAAUCGAUAGCAGUUACACCCUUGACGAAUGGAUACACGAGCAGUUAAAAGGAGAAGUUCCCUUUGGAAGUUGGAUUGAACAUACUAAAGAAUGGUGGUCGCACAGGGAUGAGAUUCCACUUCUAAUAAUGCAAUAUGAAGAUAUGCUUGAAGAUUUGGAAGGAGCUGUAAGGAAGAUUGCCAAGUUUGUUGACGUAACAUUGACUCCAGAUAUUGUUAGUGACAUAGCUAAGAGAGUGACAUUCUCUGCCAUGAAAAAGAAACCCGAUAUGUUUGAUCAAAUGAAACAGCUAUUCACGACACCAUAUCUAAGAAAGGGCGUGAUUGGAGACUGGAAGAACAACUUCACUGUUGCUCAGAGCGAGAAAAUCGACAAGGCGUUACAAGAGAGAAUGAAAGACGUAGACAUCAAAUUCAAAUAUGAAUAG